UUUGUUUUCCCAAAUCCUCAAACCCCGAAUAGCUAUAUACUCUCUCUUUUGCCGACAGAACCUCCGAAACCCAAGCUUGCCAUCGGAGUCACUUCCUCACUUCCUCCAACCACCAGUUCUUUCAAAGAAAACCCCGCGUUUCUCACUACCCUUCAGUCAGUUAUUGCAGAGCAUGCUCACAAUGAUCCUGAUGUAGUGUCACAGGGGCAAGUAAUGGCUUUCACAAGCGGAAUGAAUCUUGCCGCCGUUGGUCGGGGAAAACCAAAGCGGAGACGAGACGCUGCCGGUUUAAAUGAAGGUCCAGAGGGUGGUGCAGAUUCGCCUAGAAGAGGUGGAUGGAUUCACAUUUCUGAUACGAGGAAUCCUCCGGAGUUUGCAAGGAGUCCAUGGCCGGAGGAUAUAUUCGGUAGCCUCGAAGUUGAUGGGAAUGGAAACAUUGAAGGAAAUUACCAACCCAGUGGUACCUACCGACUCAUCACAUCGAAGGGAAUCCUCGGUCUCAGUCCAUUCAUGCGGGAGAAACUUAUUCAGCGCCUUCGUUCAGAGGAGAAUAGUUAGCACAUCAAGUGGCUAGAAAUUGCAAUUGGCAAACUACUCCACUCCUGAUUAUAUAUACCCCUGUAGGAUAAAAAAGGGAUCGGUAAAUAAUUUAUGGCAGGCCAUUGCGCCAUCGUGAAGGUUGCGAUAUUUUAUCUUAAAUAAGUUUGGGAUCCCGCCGACAUUGUUGUGGAAUUGUGUGUGCAUAUAACCACGACACUGUAGGACUACAUGCAGCUUUGUCUUCCGGGUUAGCAUAACGCUGGCAUUAUAGCAAACAGCUGCUUACGAAACUCACCAACAAAGGAUUUCGAACAGAUCGCGUCAUGAUCCUAUCGAAUUACCUGUCACCCGGCUUAGAAGCAGGCCAAAUGAUAAUUGAGGCAACAUCCACGUCUCUCAUACUCUAUACUUCUCGUCAUAUUUUCGGUUACUUAUCGCACGGA